AUGACCGCCCCAAUUGGAGUACACCUGGUAGGAAGUAUUCCCCUUCCCGACACCGAGCAGGUUUUCAGGAAAAUUGCAGCAGCGCUGCCACAGCGCCUCUAUUCGAUCCCAGACGGCGAACCAGGCGUCCGGCAGAACUACAUCGGCUGGGAGCUACCCUGCUUUCCCAAGGAGACAUACCGCCCGUUCUUACCAGGUAGCAUCGAGUUAACCGCCGACCACCCCGACUUUACUCAGGAUUCCGUGGCGCCUUCUCAGUAUGAUGGCGCUGCACUCGAAUCCUAUAAGCGAUUCGUGCAACUACGCGACCAAGGCAUUCUCCCCCCGGGAGUACGAUUUCAAGUCUCCCUCCCAUCACCCUUAGCCUGUAUCCAGGGUCACUUGCGCCCCGAGUUUCAUGCCCAGCUCGAACCGUUCUAUGAGCGCCGUAUCCUUGACUCGCUCAACGCGAUUGUAGCCGGCAUCCCAGCUCACGAUCUCGCAAUCCAAUGGGAUUUACCCUUCGAAGUAAUUGAUCUGGAGUAUGAACGGGGUAGGUUCCCAGGCGACUUCCCCUUCAAGCCGCACUUUGCGCCCGUCAAACAGGGGGUAUUGGAUCGGAUUCAGCGUCUCUGCGCGGGCAUCCCGGGAGAUGUUCAUGUCGGCUUCCAUUUGUGCUACGGUGAUCUGGAAGGCAAACAUUUGAUUGAACCCGAGGAUCUGGCGUUGCUGGUGCAGUUCGCGAAUGACAUCGCAAAGACAAUCAGACCGCGCACGGUGAAUUGGGUCCAUAUGCCUGUGCCUAAGGACCGGGAUGACGUGGCGUACUUUGAGCCGUUGAAGGGAUUGGUGGUGGAUGAGGAUACGCGGCUGGUCUUGGGAUUGGUGCAUUUUGAUGACGAUGAGGGGACGAAACGUCGGAUUAAGGCUGCGCAGGAGGCCGCCGGGAAGAGGUUCAGCGUGGCGACUGAGUGUGGAAUGGGGAGAGUGCCGAAGGAACAGCUCGAUAGUAUCCUGAAGAUUUCGAAAGAGGUGACGGAGCCUAUUAACUAA